AUGUUCACAUAUAUUAAAGCAAGUCAGCGAAAUAGGCUAACCCAAUCGCUCUUCACGACUACUUUUGGUAUUUGUUUUUUGCUAGUAGGUGCUAACUCAAUCAUACCAUGUCCGGUGGAUAGUCGCUAUGAUAGUGAGACAAAUGAAAAGCUACAAAAGCAAGAAAAAUAUGUAAAUAGGACACAACAAUAA